CGGAGUCCAUCGUGGAAAAUGGCUUUGCUAGUGAGGAACGUCCACAAAAUACUUUCCCAGGCUUCGCAAAAGGGAACAGUCGUUAGGGCUCUUCAUGCUAGCAUAGUUCGGCAACAAGAUGCGGAGGUAGAGCAGUCAGAGAAAAUAAAAUGUACCUUAAUCCCUGGAGAUGGCGUAGGGCCAGAACUCGUGGUCUCGGUAACGAAUGUAUUCAAAGCUGCCAAUGUCCCGGUUGAAUUUGAGCCUUAUUUUCUCUCCGAAGUCAAUCCAACAUUGAGUGCUCCGUUAGAGCAGGUCUCUAAUAGCAUCGCUAGAAACCAAGUGUGCUUGAAGGGAAUAUUGGCCACCCCUGAUCAUUCCCAUACUGGUGAACUACAAACCCUGAACAUGAAACUGCGCCGGAGUUUAGAUUUAUACUCUAACGUGGUUCAUGUAAAAUCGUUGCCUGGUAUCAAAUCUCGACAUCAAAAUGUCGAUUGUAUAAUCAUUCGAGAACAGACUGAAGGUGAAUAUUCUGCUUUGGAGCAUGAAUCUGUGAAAGGCGUCAUCGAGUGCCUGAAGAUUGUGACAGCGGUAAAAAGUCAGAGGAUCGCAAAAUUUGCCUUCGAUUAUGCAGUGAAGAACAAACGUAAGAAGGUUACUUGCGUUCAUAAAGCAAAUAUCAUGAAACUUGGAGACGGUCUGUUUCUCAGAUCUUGCCAAGAAAUCGCCAAACUCUAUCCUAGAAUUCAAUUUGAAACCAUGAUAGUGGAUAACUGUACAAUGCAAAUGGUAUCAAAUCCUCAUCAAUUUGACGUGAUGGUUCUACCUAAUUUAUAUGGUAACAUCGUCGAUAAUCUUGCGUCGGGAUUGGUGGGUGGAGCCGGAGUAGUUGCUGGUGCCAGUUACAGCCCUGAAUGUGUCGUGUUUGAACCUGGUGCGAGACAUACCUACUCAGAGGCUGUAGGCAAGAACGUAGCAAACCCAACCGCCAUGCUACUGUGUGGAGUGAAGCUUUUAAAUCAUGUAAACCUUGGUAAAUAUGCUGAACGGAUCAGGGAUGCACUAAAUCGUGUUCUGAAUGACGGAAAAGUCCGCACGAAGGAUCUGGGCGGACAAAGCUCAACAACGGAAUUUACUGCUGCUGUAAUUAGUUGCCUCCGCUAAGACAAACAUCGUUUCUCACUAUUCCGUAAAGGAUUCAUGUAACGUAGAGUGUUUCUCUCAGUGUUCCCAUGCAUUCACCAUGAAACAUGGUAUGGACAUUCAUUGUAAUUUUUAUUUAGUUUGAUCUCGAAGAUGGUAACUAAUGUUUUAUGGCUAGAAUGCAUGUCAUUACUGAGCCAUAAGAAUUAGAUAUAUAAUUUAUCUGAUUCCACAUAUUGUCCAUCGCAAUAAGCAUCUAAGAAUCGCGUUUCAAGUGUCACCCGAGAUGACUUAUUUAAAUCAUUGUCAUGAAAAAUGCUUUAAAAAGAAAAAAAAACUAGGCCACCUGUUGUACCAUAGACCAGUGCUGUAAUAUAUUCAAACUGUAAAAUAAUAAAUUAUACAUCGUAAAACAGUA